UUGCUCUCCCUCUUCUCAUCCUCCAAUUUAUUGUAUAGAGGGCCAUAUAUCAUUCAAUUCCAUUUUUAUCGGAAUUAAUUAUUACCAAUUUGUCUUAAAGAGGAGUUCUAACCAUGUCUGCAUCUUUCUCUGUCCCUUCCAUGAUGAUGGAGGAAGAAGGGAGAUUCGAAGCAGAAGUGGGCGAGGUGCAAGCAUGGUGGAACUCGGAGAGAUUCAAGCUGACGCGCCGCCCAUACUCCGCCCGCGACGUGGUGGCCCUCCGCGGCAAUCUCCGGCAGUCGUACGCCUCCAACGAACUCGCCAAGAAGCUUUGGCGCACCCUCAAAACCCACCAGGCCAACGCCACCGCGUCCAGGACCUUCGGGUCCCUGGACCCCGUCCAGGUCACCAUGAUGGCCAAGUACCUCGACACCAUCUACGUGUCCGGUUGGCAGUGCUCCUCCACCCACACCACCUCCAACGAGCCAGGCCCGGACCUCGCCGACUACCCCUACGACACCGUUCCUAACAAGGUGGAGCACCUCUUCUUCGCCCAGCAGUACCACGAUCGCAAACAGAGGGAGGCCAGGAUGAACAUGUCCCGGGACGAGAGGUCCCGGACCCCCUACGUCGACUACCUCAAGCCCAUCAUCGCCGACGGGGACACUGGCUUCGGCGGCGCCACCGCCACCGUCAAGCUCUGUAAGCUCUUCGUGGAGCGCGGCGCCGCUGGCGUCCAUAUCGAGGACCAGUCCUCCGUCACCAAGAAAUGCGGCCACAUGGCCGGCAAGGUCCUCGUCGCCGUCAGCGAGCAUAUUAACCGCCUCGUGGCGGCGCGUCUGCAGUUCGACAUCAUGGGCGUUGAGACCGUCCUGGUCGCCCGCACCGACGCCGUCGCCGCCACUCUCAUCCAGACCAAUGUGGAUUACAGGGACCAUCAGUUCAUACUCGGCGUCUCCAAUCCAGCCCUCCGAGGGAAGCCCCUCGCGACGGUCCUGGCGGAGGCCAUGGCGGCCGGAAAAACAGGGGGCGACCUCCAAUCCAUUGAGGACAACUGGCUCGCCAUGGCUAAGUUGAAGACAUUCUCGGACUGUGUCGUCGACGCCAUUAAUGCUACGAACAUCGGAGAAACCGAAAAACAGAGGAAGCUGAACGAAUGGAUGAACAAUUCCAGCUAUAACAAGUGCCUGUCCAACGAGAAAGCUCGGGAGAUUGCCGACAGGCUCGGACUGGCGAAUCUUUUCUGGGAUUGGGACCUGCCGAGAACCAGGGAAGGAUUCUAUAGGUUCAAGGGUUCAGUGAAUGCGGCAAUUGUCCGUGGGUGGGCCUUCGCGCCACACGCCGACCUAAUCUGGAUGGAGACGUCGAGCCCUGACUUGGUGGAGUGUACGGAGUUUGCACGGGGCGUGAAGUCAAUGCAGCCGGAGACAAUGCUGGCCUACAAUCUGUCGCCAUCGUUCAACUGGGAUGCGUCGGGGAUGUCAGAUGAGCAGAUGGUGGAGUUCAUUCCGCGGAUAGCCAAACUGGGGUACUGCUGGCAGUUCAUCACGCUGGGGGGGUUCCACGCGGACGCCCUCAUAGUGGACACCUUCGCAAGGGACUUUGCCAAGCGGGGAAUGCUGGCGUAUGUGGAGAGAAUCCAGAGGGAGGAGAGGAAGAAUGGGGUGGAUACAUUGGCUCAUCAGAAAUGGUCGGGCGCCAACUACUACGACAGAGUUCUUAGGACUGUCCAGGGAGGGAUCACUUCCACUGCCGCCAUGGGAAAAGGGGUGACCGAGGAGCAAUUCCAGGAGACAUGGACGAGGACAGGAGCAAACGAUGUGACCACUGAUGGCAGCGUUGUCAUGAAAUCAAGAAUGUAGUCAAGGAAGGAAGCUAGAAUCUGUGUGUAAUAAGAAAAAACAAAGAAAAAAAGGGGACUUACUAUUUGAUUUCCGUAAUAACUAAGAAUGUAAUGAACGACUCACUGUUAUUGGAAAGAAGAAAUAACAGGCAGCUUUAUUCUGGGAUUUUGCUGCCAGAAGAGCUGCUGCUGUUGUUUUUA